AUGGUGCUGACUGAAACAUGGCUAGGAUCAGACACAGAUAACGCCAUUUUGUCUGAACUAACACCAAACGGAUAUAAUUUCAUAAAUAAACCAAGGGUAGAUCGCACUGGGUGGAGGCCUGGCGAUUAUUCACGAAAAACGGAAUGGACCAACUAUCUGGACAGUCUCGUGUUAAUCCCUGGUGAGUUACUUAUCACAGGUGAUCUAAGUUUCCAUCUUGAUAAUCCCAAUGGCAAAGAUGCUAGAACAUUUACAGAGUUGCUAACAGAACAUGGAUUAAAGCAGCAUAUUUCCGAUGCAACACAUCGUCUUGGUCAUACGUUAGAUGUGUUGAUAACCAGAGAAGAUAGUUCUAUAUUACAGGGAACGCCAUUUGUAGCAGAUCCUGGUAUAUGUGACAACAAUGGAAACAGAAGUGGUGACCACCUCGCAAUUCGCACUUUACUGCGUCUGUCCAAAGCUCCGAGAGAGAGAAAAACGGUAACCUUUCGGAAAAUUUAUGACAUCAACAUAGACAAUUUCAGAAACGAUCUUGAUUUUUCAAACGUGACUUACAAGGAAGCAUCUGUUGAAAAACUUAUCUUUCACUACAAUAGAGUUCUUACUGCUACCAUUGAUGUUCAUGCCCCUCUGAAAUCAAAGGAGAUUGUUUUACGACCGACUACUCCUUGGUUUACGGAUGAUCUUUAUUCUGCUAAGAGAGAUCGCGGAGGGGCUGAAAGAACUAUGAGACGAACAAACCUAGCAGUCCACAAGGACAUUUUCAAUCAGAAAUGUAUGCAGGUUACAAAACUCAUACAACACUGUAAAAGUCAGUUUUAUAUAAACAAAAUUCAGGAAAUAGGCAGCGACUCGAAACAGCUUUUUAAACUUACCAACAAUCUCAUGGGAAACACAAAUUUAUCAGUCCUGCCAGAGCAUGACAGCGAAAUCGAUCUCGCAUCCAAAUUUGGUGAAUUUUUUAUCGGUAAAAUUCAGAAAAUCAGAGAAAACCUUUGCUCCUUGACCAAGUCUCCUACUAUGGAAGUUGUCCUUCGAGCUGACAUCAAGUUUGAUGGCAUUCUUCUGGAAGCGUUUGAACCAGUGUCGAUUGCUGAGGUAUGUGACAUUAUCGGCGAUGCACCAACGAAGUCUUGCGAGUUAGAUCCAAUACCCACAAAUGUUUUGAAACAAUUAUUAGAAAAAGCGUUGGCAUCUCGACUCGAAAAACACCUAAACGCUUACCAGCUUCAUGAUAACGUGCAGUCGGCCUACCGAAGUAGUCACUCUACAGAAACUGCCCUGCUACGGGUGCACCAUGAUAUUACCUCUGCACUGGAUAAGAAUUCAUGCGUUGCUCUCGUAAUGCUAGAUCUCUCGGCUGCAUUCGAUGUGAUUGAUCAUGAUAUACUAAUCAGUCGCAUCGAAUACGCGUUUGGUAUCACAGGAUCGGCGCUUUCAUGGAUAAAGUCUUAUUUAUCUGGUCGAAGUCAGCAAAUUGCUGUAGGUUCGACAUUCUCGAGAGAGUUCUUACUCCAGUUUGGUGUACCACAAGGGUCUGUUUUAGGACCUCGUCUAUAUUGUAUGUUCUCCAAACCCAUCGGAGAAAUUUGCCGGAGACAUAACAUGUAUUACCAUUGUUAUGCUGACGACACACAGGUUUACCUGAUUAUUAACCCGAAGGACAGUUGGGACGACAUUGCGAAUAGACUUGAACGAUGUCUGUCUGAUAUACAAGACUGGAUGCAAAACAACAUCCUUAAGCUAAACCAGGAUAAGACUGAACUCAUCAUCUUUACACCGAAACGUAUGGCAAAUGAAUUUACAGGAUGUAAACUCGCUUUUGGUGGAUCAGUCAUCAGCCUUACAGAAGCUAGCCCCGAAUACAUCCAGGAACUUGUUCUGGUCUAUCGCCCACAACGUUCACUACGGUCAGGAGAUUCACUGAGCCUUGUUAAACCACGCACUCGAAGUAAGAUGUAUGGAGAUAGAAG